AUGCCUAAGCCAAAGAGUCUCCGGGAUUUGGUUCGUGAUAUUCGCUCAGCACGAACCGCUGCUGAAGAAAGAGCUAUUGUCAAUCGUGAAUGUGCACAAAUUCGGGAUAGCUUUCGUGAAGAAAACGACACACAUCGCUGUCGUAAUGUUGCCAAGCUACUUUACAUCCAUAUGCUAGGUUAUCCCGCCCACUUUGGCCAGAUGGAGUGUCUAAAGUUGAUUGCCUCGCCUCGUUUUACCGACAAACGGGUUGGCUAUCUUGGCGCAAUGCUUCUACUUGAUGAACGAUCAGAUGUUCAUCUCUUGGUCACAAACUCUCUUAAAAACGACCUCAACCAUUCGAAUGUUUACGUAACCAGCUUAGCCCUCUGUACCCUUGGAUCGAUCUGCUCAAUUGAAAUGAGUCGUGAUUUGGCUGGAGAAGUAGAAAGACUGGUCAAAUCAACCAAUCCCUACAUUAAAAAGAAGGCAGCACUUUGUGCCUUCCGAAUAGUUCGUAAGGUGCCCGAGCUGAUGGAAAUGUUCAUUCCUUGCGCUCGUGCUCUUCUUACGGAGAAGAACAACGGCGUCCUCCUCACAGCCGUCUGCCUCAUUACUGAGAUGUGUGAACGAAGUCCAGAUACAUUAAAAUACUUUAGAAAGCAAAUGGUCCCAACUCUCGUGCGAACCUUGAAGACUCUGGUGACCACUGGCUACUCGCCAGAUCAUGAAGUCAAUAAAAUUAACGACCCCUUUUUACAAGUAAAAAUUCUUCGUUUGAUGCGCAUUCUCGGUCGCGGCGAUAAGUCUGCAAGUGAGGCGAUGAACGAUAUUCUCGCCCAAGUGGCUACUAGCACUGAGACUACUAAAAACGUCGGUCAUGCUAUUCUCUAUGAAAUCGUUCUCACAAUCAUGGGCAUUGAAUCUGAUCCCGGUCUUCGUGUGCUCGCAAUCAACAUUCUGGGUCGCUUUCUGCUGAAUACGGAUAAGAAUAUUCGUUAUGUUUCCUUGAACACUCUACUACGCGUUGUUAGUGUGGAUCAGCGUGCUGUCCAACGUCAUCGAGCUACAAUCCUCGAGUGUCUAAAAGACCCAGAUACGUCGAUUCAACGGCGAGCUCUGGAUCUCUGUUGUGUUCUCAUCAACGCUUCGACAGUGAAAACUGUAAUCAAAGAAUUGUUGUGGUUUCUGGAGAAUUGUGACGUUGAGUUCAAGUCAGAUGUCUGCUCGAAAAUCAUCACGGCUGUGGAAAAGUACUCCCCUAACAAGCGAUGGCGCAUUGACACCACACUAACUGUUCUGAAACUGGCCGGGAAUCGAGCUCGAGAUGAUGUGGUGGCUUCUAUGGUCUAUCUAAUUUCUCAGUCUCCUGAGUUGCAUGCUUAUGCUGUGUCUCAGCUUUUCAAGUCGAUGCGAGAGGAUCUGACCCAACAGCCACUUGUUCAAGUGGCCACUUGGUGCACGGGCGAAUAUGCGGACCUCUUGGUGCAUGAUGGAGACAUCGGGGAGGCUGAUUUUGAGGGGCAGCAGCAGCAGAAUAUCACGGAAGGGGAUAUCGUCGAUCUCUUUUCUACUGCUCUCACCUCUCCUACAUGCAGUCUGGUGACCAAGGAGAUGGUUGUGUCCACUAUCAUGAAGCUUAGUGUUCGACUUGGACCCGCACAUCAAGAUCGCAUCAGAUCUCUGGUUCAGCUCUACUCAACCAGUAUGCAUCUGGAACUGCAGCAACGUUCGGUGGAGUACUUUGCCGUCUUCAAGACGCAUGCGGAUGGGUUCCGCGAGGGUCUCUUCUCUCGCAUGCCCGUCUUUGCACCUUCCAACAACUUUCUUUCUGAAGGUGUCGAUGGUGACGCGGAUGCUGGGACUGAAGGGCAGAAUGGGGGUAGUAUAUCCGUGGAUUCUCGCGCUGACGAUGUCAUCUCAGCUCAGGUUUCAAAAGUUGAAGCAAGCAACCUUUUGGAUCUUCUUGGUGACUCAACCCCGCCUCUUCCUUCGCCAUCUUCCUCUACUCUCACAUCCAACAUCAACACCGGAAAGCUUGGAAUCCUCGAUUCUACUAAUGAUCUUCUGGAUCUGAUCAUGGUUGAGGCACCAACAACGGGGUCUCAGCAUCAGAAUCCAUCAUCAGUUCUUUCUACUCAAUUAUUCAGUUCCGUCAAGUCAAUUUUCCCAGAUGCUACACUUCCAGCGAAUUUACCAACACAGCCAGCAAACGGUUUCACUGCACUACCAACAGUAGUAGCUUCACAACUUGCACCACCGAUGACGGUGUACGAUGCAAACAGCAUCCGCAUAGUGCUCGAUUUCGAGCGCUCCAACGAUCCCCUGGAUCUGAGCUUUGCCUCAUCGGUGCCACCAUGCAUUCAGAUCCGUGCCUCCUCACAAAACACAGGUGCGCUCCCCAUUGAGUCCUUCGAGCUGCAGGUUGCUGUACCCAAGACUUUCCAGCUGGAGAUGUUCCCACCGUCAGCUACCUGUCUGCUGCCAUCCGUCACUGUCUCAAGCAUCCCACCUGUGACGCAGGUCUUUAAGGUGUCCAAUCCUAAUCGGCAACCUCUGCGUCUUCGUCUGCGCCUCCUCUUCACACAGAACGGACUUCAAAGAUCAGAGCAAUUUCAGAUCGACCAGUUUCCUACCAAUCUCUUCAACAUUUAA